CAUGCAGAGGUCAGCUCGCAGGAGGGCGCCCGCAGUGCAGCAUUCCCCUGGAGCUCAGGGACACCCGGCUGAGCCAGCGCUGUGCCCGGAGGAGGGGGAGAGCACGGCGAGGAGACGCGCCAGGCCGGUGCGCUCCAAAGCCAGGAGGAUUGCGGCCAACGUGCGGGAGAGGAAGCGCAUCCUGGAUUACAACCAGGCGUUCAACGCCCUGCGCCUGAGCCUGAGACACGACCUGAACGGCAAGCGGCUGUCCAAGAUCGCCACCCUGCGGAGGGCCAUCCACAAGAUCUCCAGCCUCUCGCUCUUCCUGCGCUCCGCUCCCCUCCACAGGUGGCCGUGCGAGCACAGCGAGUGCCGGCGGCUGCCCGCAGAGACACCGUCCCCUGGCGCUGAGCCGCCCGCCUCCUGUCCGCCAGAAACUCCGGGCAGCCCCCUCUACUUCCAGCAGCCUCCCAGUGACCAUCCCCGAGAACAGGGCACCGUGCCCAGCCCGGAAUGUUACUCAAGUGCCGGCGGCUCCCAGUUUGGGGUGAGGACAGCUUUCCACCAGAGUCACCUGGAGACCUUUGUAAACUCCUCUCCGGCCCCACUGCCUUGGCAAUUCAAUUACUUCCCAGGAACCAGCUACCAACAGACACUGCCAAUGCACUGAGCCGGAUACUGAUGAGGCUAUCUGUGUGCUUUGUAUAAAAGUCGGUUGUGCCAGCUGCAAUUGAACAACGCAAACCAAGCAACAAGGGCAAUCCACUGACAACAUGAUUGGAGUCUUCAGUUUGUAACCCAGAUACGUGAACACAACAUACAUACAGGAAAACCAUGCUGCCAUACAAAAUGUGAUGGAGCUGACCA